AUGCCGCCCCAGGACAUCAAGAUGACCGAUAGGCAACGCGCGGUGGACCACAUGCAGGCGCGGCUGCAGAGCAUUGGGCAGCCGGUGGAAAAGGCGGCAGCGCUGGCUGCCAGGGUGGAGGAGGCUGUGUACAAAAAGGCCAACAGCCGGGAGGAGUACGCGGGCUACCUGCAGAACAGCCUGGCCAAGGCGGUGGCGGCGCAGCAAAAGGCGCAGGCGAUGGCGCAGCAGGGGCAGAUGGCGGGGGGCAUGGCGCAGCAGGCGCAGGUGAUGCAGCAGCAGGGGGCGGCGCCACGUGGCGGUGGCGGCGGUGCCGCGCAGUACGGCAUGGCGGGCAUGGCGCAGACGGCGCCCGGAAACAUGCAGUACAUGCACCAGCAGACCGCGGCGGCGCCGCCGCAGCAGAUGUAUGGCAUGAACCAGCACAACAUGCCGCAGCAGCAGCACCAGCAGCACCAGCAGCAGCAGCAGCAGCAGCAGGCGGCCCAGUACAUGGGCAUGGCUCAGGCCCAGCCCCAGCAGCAGUACAUGCAGGCACAGCAGCAGCAGCAGCCGGUGCAGUACAUGCAGCCUGCAUCGCAGGCGCAGGCGGCGCAUCAGCAGUAUGUGCGCCAGCCGCAGCAGCAGUACAUGCAGGCGCCCGUGGCGCAGCAACAGUACAUGCAGGCGCAGCCGCAGGUGCAAUACGUGCAGCAACAGGUGCAGGCGCAGCCGCAGCAGCAGUACAUGCAGCAGGCAGCGCAGCCGCAGCAGCAGUAUGUGCAGCAGCAGGCUCGGCCUCAGCAGCAGUACAUGCAGCAGCCUGCGGCUGUGCAACCGCAAUACAUGCAGGCGCAGGCACAGCAACAGUAUGUGCAGCAGCAGCCAGUGCAGCAGCAGUACAUGCAGCAGCAGGCCCAGCCACAGCAGCAGUACGUGCAGCAGCCGACCCAGCCACAGCAGCAGUACGUGCAGCAGCCGUCCCAGCCGCAGUAUGUGCAAAAUCAGCAGCAGCAGGGGUACGUCCAGCCGGCCGCCCAGCCCCAGCAGCAGUACAUGCAGCAGCCUGCGCAGCCGCAGCAGCAGUACGUGGCACAGGCACGCGGCGGGGGCUACACUGUGCAGCAGUACGGCAACAACGCAGCUCCUGCGGUGCAGCCGCAGGCGGUGCAGCAGCAGCCGAUCCAGGCACCUGUGCAGCAGCUGCCGAUCCCAGGCCCCCCGCAGCAGGCGGCACCGUCCGCCGUGCCCCAGGCGCUGCGCCCCAGCCAGCUCACUGCUGGGGACCUGGCCCGCCUCCCAUCCUUUGAUGACCCGAUUUUCAGCGACUUUGCGGCAGAGCUGUUCCCAUCGGAGGCCCAGGCAGCGCCUGCGGCGCCGCCGCCGCCGCCGCGCUUCGCCGCGCAGCCGCAGGCGUCCGCGGGCGACAGCAGCAAGGGCUCGCCAGCCGCCCUGCCCAGCAACGCCACGCAGCAGCGCUACAGGGGCGGCUCCCGCCCGCUUGCGCACGAGCCUGCGGCCCUGCAGGAGUUCAUGCGACUCCACGCCAUCAUCAACCUCCCCGAGCAGCGCACCAAGGCUAAAACGGUGCGGCCGCCGCACGAGCUGGGCGCUGCCGACGCCGAGCGCAUGCUGCAGUUCUACCGCGACACCAGCAAGCUGCAGCCGGCGCGCGCCGAGCAAAUGGCCAUCCGCGUGCAGCGCUACAGCAUGCUGCUGCGCCUGCUGCUGGCGGAGAACCCGCACCACCAGAUCAGCAUCACAGACAGUGUGGUCAGUCUCACAAAGAACUUCAUCCGGGACCUCGGCUCGUAUCGGGAGGUGGUGAAGAAGAGCCACCAGAAGGCGGCGGCGGGGAAGGCGGCGGCCGGCGGGGGUGCAGCCGCCGCCGCCAGCAUGCCGCCGCCCGCGGCGAGCGCCCCCUCGCCCGGCGGGGCCUUCUCCCCUGGCGGCUUCCUGGCGAUGAUGGAGUCUGCAGACAGCGAGGGCCUCAGGCUGCACAUCCCCUCUGCCACACCGCCGGGCAGCGCCGCCGCCUCGGCAGGCGCCACGCCAGCUGCCACGCCGACGCAGCAGGCGGCCCAGCAGCCCAGCGCCGCCGCCGAGGCGGCGCGCCAGCAGGCGCUGCUGCGCCAGCGCCAGCUGCAGGAGCAGCGCAGGCGCGAGGCGGCCGCGGCGGCCGCCGCCGCGGCGCCGCUGCCCGCCGACGCGCAGCAGCGCCUGCUGGCGGUGUCGGCGCAGCCGCGCGGCCAGCAGGACGCCGCCGCCAUCCAGGCAGGCUUCCGCCGCCUGCAGAAGGUGCUGCAGGCCGCCGACCAGAGGCAGCUGGGCACGGCGGCGCAGCCCGUCAGCACGCCGCCGCUGCCCGCAGAGGCCCGGCGCCUGGUGGCCCGCGACAAGGCAGCGCUCGAGGCAGCCGUGGCGGCGGCGGGCGGGGCCGGCAGCGGCGCCGCGGGGCUGGUGACGGCGGCGGCGGGCCACGGCUUUGUGGAGCAGCAGGCCGCGCCGGGGGCGGGGUCGGAGGGCGGCGCGUACGGCGAGCCGGCCGCCAAGCGGCAGCGCAGCGGCAGCCCGGAGGCCGGCGCCGCCGCGGGCGCCGCUCAGCCUGGCCAGCAGCCGCGGGGGCAGGGCCCGCGGGCCAAGUCGGAGCUGGAGCGGCGGCUUGCGGUGGAGUGCGAGGAGGCGGCGGCGGCACUGGGAGGCGCCCUGUGGCUGCUGGUGGCGCCAGACAGCUCAGACCCGGGCGCCGCGCUUGUCACCUGCGUGCCCAAGGCCGCGCGCGGCGAGGGCAACGGCAACGGCGGCGGCGGCGGCGGCGGCGUGGCCGACCAGCAGCGCUGGCAGGUGCUGAUGCUGCGGGUGGCGCCAGGCUACCCCGGGGAGCCCCCCACCGCAGUCUUCCCCCGCCUGGGCCACGGCGGCGCCUCCGCCGCUAAGGCCGCCGCUGCGGAGCAGCAGCAGCUGCUGGAUGCGUGCCGCGAGCGCUUUGCGGCGGGCGUGGCGGCGGAGGCGCAGCCGCCCCGCCUGCAGCAGGUCGCGCGGGCCUGGCUGGAGGCCACGCAGCACGUGGCGCGGCGCCUGCGCAGCCGGCAGGAGGAGCGGGCGUAG